AUGCUGAUGACCGGCCGUGGCCAAUGCCACGAUGGACCAGAUGACGAGCUGCUUGCCGCAAUCAAACGGCAGAUGGACAGCAUUCCGGAGCCGCCGGUGGACCUCACACAGAUCCCCAAGGACCUGCUGGCAUUCAGUGCAUUUCCGGACCUUCGCUGCUCUUACUGCCGUGCAGUGGCCUCCACCUUCACUAGAGCUUUGGAGGUGAAGACCAAAGCCUUGCCGCCAUCACGACAUGGCCUCAAAGAGGAGGAGUACAUCAAGGUGCUGGUGGAGGCGUGUGAGAAGCCUCUGCACCCAGGGGACCUGGAGUCGCCGCGCUUUGAGGCACGGCAGCUGAAGUGGCUUUGUGGGGACAUCUUGCAGACUCUGGGCGAAGAGGACGUUUGGGAACUCUUCCAGAAGCACGCAGAAGUUCCUGCGGCACACCUCUGCUCCAGGAAGCUUCGCCUCUGCCCGAAAGAGAGCCCUCGCAGACGCAAUGCCAUGGGCGACCUCUGA